CGGUGUCUUUGACGAAUACAUUUUGGGUGUGCAAAUUGAGACUUGCCACCUUGCAGACGAUUGGAGUGCCCAAGGCAGUUUUUAUCAAGUUUGGAGUUUUUGAGUCCUCUGCUUCAGGUACCUUCACUUGAACCUGAAUCUUCCCAUGGCCUGGACCAAGCCCAUGAAUUUGAUGGCCAGUUCCCGAGGAAGGUAGCUUUCAUGGCCGGCAAUCCCAUGCCAAUGGGACUUGGAUGUAACCAGCUACCUGGUGCUGAGAAGGAAGCCAAGGACGUGGCAAGACUUUUCAGAAUCAAGCCGUGUGUUGGGACAGAUAUGACCAAGCAAGCUGUCCUAGGUGAAUAUUCCAAACAAAAGAGGGUUGAAGAAACGCCCCAAAUCCUCACCGCUGGGGAGAUAACCGGUUUGGAAGGAGACAUUUCUGCUGGACUGGUAGUGUUGAGUGCCUGUGAGUCAGGUUUGGGCGAAUCAACUUCCGGGGAGGGCCUGUUGGGAUUGGGAAGGGCUCUUCUUCAAGCGGGAGGAGUAACUGCAAUCCUCACUCUGUGGAAAGUGAAUGAUACGUUCACUUGUGAUUUUGUAACCAAACUGUUCAAAGAGUUGCUCAGUGUCGAGUCGGAGGGCAGGAGUGUGAGCGAAUGUAUGCGGACAGUGGUGCUCUUCAUGAUUCGCCAUAACCACCCCGUUAAGCACUGGGCACCGUUCACAAUAAUGGGUUCUCCAACUCUGCAAUUAUUCAAGCCUGAAAAGAGCUUGUCAUUCUCAGGCUUACAUGGGUGUUCAACACCAAUUUCAAUGCACUUGGAUUAUUCGGCAAUGUUGAGAUGACAGAGUUAUACGUUAAGUCCUCCCCCAUCCCCAAAGAUGAAAGUUUUGCAGAACAAACUUAGAGAUUUGCUCAACACAAUUUUUGCCACGAAAACGAACAAUGCAUUGUGUUUUCGAUCAGCCAAUAAGGUGCCCAUGUGAUGUCGGGAUGUGAUCAGAGAGCCUCAAACUUUGGACGUCCCCGAAGCUGGCCGAGCUCCUCCGAACCCACCCUUGGUUUGCCCAAGAUGCUGAGUCCUUCUCCCAAGUCGGAAAUGCUUUGGUGCUUGUGUAUGAGAUUGUCGAGGAUUACUAUUUACAAGAAAACAAGAGGUGGGCGAGUUCAAUAAACGGAUAACUAUAAUGAGACCUCCCUAUUCUAAGAAUAUUAUAGAUAUGGCAUCUUGUGGUCUUAUUUUAUAUAUGAGUAUAGGAUGAAGAUUCGUGAAAGAGUGUUUAUUAGCCUUGCCUCUAAAAAAGAUGUUUAGUGGCUAAGAAGUUAGACUAACUUUAUUUAUCAAGGAUUAUUUUACAAUCUUUUAAGGCCUUCAUCACAA